UUAGCCACCAACAAAGGUAAUGUCGGCACGGACCGGCGGGCACUGCCGAGCUUGGAAAAAAGUGUGGCGAAUAAUGUGAAUAAUCAGUACACAGAUUAACUACAAAAGCACUGGGGUAGCCGUGUCCAGUUUGUUGCACAACUCACAGGGUAAAUAAGUUACAGGAUGAACCAAGCUAAUCCAAACAUUUCGCCCAUGCCUAAUCCGGGUGUCAUAAUGGCACCCAACAGCCUUCCACCUUACUGUCCACCCCUGGGGCACCCCCAGGGGGCACCGCAAGCCUUCUGUGCCCGGCACCCCGUGUACCCUCAAGGCGGGCAGUGGCCACGGCUACCUCCUAGGCCACCGCCGUCUUUCCCCCUACCUGCCGGAACGGGCUUGGGAGCUGCGAUACCCUUUAAUACCGUGGGAGGGUGUCGUCCUACCAUUCUUGCAACGCAGAGUCCCAUCUCCAUGGCAACCACACAGUGGAGGGCAUCCUGCGUUCCCGUCGUACCACUGCCAUCCUUACCGGGCCAGUGCACGUAUGGUACAGCACCUCUGCAACAACUUGUCUCUCAGAGUCCCGGGCAAAGAACUCACAUUUUUCCCAAAUGGCAACUGGAAGAGCCCCGUCAAACCACAUUCCCCGUUCGGGAUGUGGACGCUGGAGCCUUGUAUCCCGACAGAAGGUCAGAAAGAACAAGUCGCAGCAGGGAACCUCACAGAAGAUGGUCCCCCACUAGGAGACGCCACAGUUCGCAGGAUCGCCACGGUCGAAGCAGAUCAAGAUCUCCGAGACAGCAUUCCAGGAGAGAAUCCCAUAGGCGAAAGCAUUCCCACAGGGAAGAGCGUCGUACUCGAGAUAGGUCGCUGUCACGUGAACGGUCCUCGUCACGACGACGACGACACAGACACGGCGAAAGGCACAGGAGGAAUACAGAGGAAGAGGAGAGGAGGAAGAAGCCACAAGAGAGGGGAGAGAGGAGCAGGUCACGGGAAAGGAAAAGACCGCCUUACGACAGCUGUGGUUCCGAGGACGGUGAAAACCCUUCAAACACAGCGGGGGAAGAUGAAGAUGCCGACACCAUCCUGAAGGAAUCCUCAUGUUGGAUACGGUGCAGCCCCGCUGAGCUCUAUUACCAGCGCGAUGAGAAGGUUCCAACGUUGGUGACAGGGACGGAUAAGUUGAAGGAGCUUCAUGAAAGAUUCAAAGUCGAGCUGUUACAACGCAGCGCCCGGGUAAAGAGUAAACAGGAGCCAUACAAUCCUCCACAGCGCAAAAGCAGACUUUGCAAGCCAAAGACACAUUCAGGAGCCACCACUGGAAGUAGCGAUUCUUCAAGUGAAGGCUCUGAAUCUGACGAGGACAACGCCAUGGAAGAGUUGGAAGUGAAAAGGAAGCAUCCUUACCGUCUUCAUCAUGAGUUGUGGUUCAACGACCCUGGAGAGAUGAAUGAUGGACCCCUGUGUCGAUGCAGUGCCAAGGCACAGCGUUCGGGCAUUCGCCAUGGGAUCUAUCCCGGCGAGGAGCCGUUAGCUCCAUGCGAACUCAACUCCAACAACAUAACGCGGCUCCAUCAUUACCGCAUCACAGUCACCCCACAUACCAACUUUUUGAUGAAAUGCCCCACUGUCAUCAAACACGACGGCCACGAAUUCGUGUUUGAAGGUUUUUCUAUGUUUUCUCACUGGAAAGUGCCCCAACUUCCAUCCUGCCGCAUCAUCCGCUUCAACAUAGAGUAUGCAGUCCUCUAUCUGGAGGAGAAGUUUCCAGAAAAUUUCACCAUCGAGGGCCUUGAGCUGCUCUCUCAGUACGUCCUCAUUGAGAUCUUGGAAAUGGUGGAUCUCGACUGGCGUGCCCAUGGAGACAGCGCGGGUUGCCCCAGGUUUCAUUUCAUGCCACGUUUUGCACGUUCUAUUGAAAACAAUGGGAAAGAGCUCUUGUCCCUGAACGUGGUCCUCCAGUACUUGCUGUCAAGUAGCAAGCCCCUGGUGCUGCAGGCUGACCUUCCUGGCUUAGUGAAGCUUCCUCAAACCCAGUGGCAGGACUUUGCAGAUGGUGCAAAGGGCACCGUUGUCGUCAACCCUGGGAUGAAGCCCUGUGCUCUACGUGUUGACCAACUCGAUCGGGAACUGUGCACUGCAGAUGGAAAGGUCUUUCCUGAAAUUGUACACUUUGGGAUACGACCUCCCCAGCUUAGUUAUGCUGGAAAUCCCAUGUACCAGAAAGCCUGGAGAGACUAUGUUAAGUUUCGUCAUCUUCUGGCUAAUAAACCCAAGGUGUUGUAUACGGAUCGUCACAAGAUGCUCCAGAAGGAAAUCAAACUACAAGAAAUGAGAAUGAAGAGCAACCUGAAGAGGGACGUGACAGUCGUCGUGAGCAGCGAAAACUUUUACAGGACAGGCAUGAUGUGUGACAUUGUUCAGCAUGCCCUGCUGCUUCCGGUGCUUGUGUGUCACCUCCGUUUCCAUAAAUCUCUGGACCAUCUUGAAACUGGUAUUGGAACAAGUUUCAAGGACCGUUAUUUGUUGCAGCUUGCCCUUACACAUCCAUCAUAUCGCGAAAACUUUGGCACCAAUCCUGAUCAUGCCAGGAACUCUCUCACCAACUGCGGCAUCCGGCAACCCGAGUACGGUGAUCGACGGAUUCACUAUCUCAACACCAGAAAAAGAGGGAUCAACACGCUGAUCAACAUCAUGUCAAGAUUUGGUCGCCAGGAAGAGACAGCUUCGAGCAUCAACCACAAUGAACGCCUCGAGUUCUUGGGGGAUGCCGUUGUUGAGUUUCUGUCUAGCAUUCAUCUUUUCUUCAUGUUUCCUGACUUGGAAGAAGGUGGCCUUGCAACUUACAGGGCAGCUAUUGUGCAAAAUCAGCACCUUGCAGUGUUGGCUAAGAAAUUGGAACUGGAGAAAUACAUGCUUUAUGCUCAUGGUUCCGACUUGUGUCAUGACUUGGAGCUUCGCCAUGCCAUGGCCAACUGUUUUGAAGCCCUCAUGGGAGCACUCUUUCUGGAUGACGGCAUCAAGGUGGCAGAUGAAGUGUUCUCGAAAACCCUCUUUUCUGAGCCAGAUUUGCUGGAUGUUUGGACAAAUUACCCACCUCAUCCUUUGCAGGAACAGGAACCAGAAGGAGACAGGAAGUGGAUCGACUCUGUUCCACUGCUAAAGAAACUCAAUGAGUUUGAAGACAUGACUGGCAUAGAGUUCACUCACAUUCGCCUUCUUGCUCGUGCAUUUACUCAUCGGAGCAUCGGGUUCAAUAACUUGACCUUGGGUUCCAACCAACGGCUGGAAUUCCUUGGCGAUACCGUGCUUCAACUGGUAGCUUCGGAGUAUUUAUAUAAAUUCUUUCCAGAACAUCAUGAAGGCCACUUGUCUCUGCUAAGGAGCUCACUGGUGAACAAUCGCACCCAAGCUGUCGUCUGCGAUGACCUGGGUAUGGUCGAGUACACCAUCUACCCGUAUCCCAAAGGAGAGUUGCAGACGAAGGACAGGGCAGACAUCUUGGAAGCUUUCCUCGGAGCGCUGUUUGUGGAUAAAGGUCUAGAAUACUGUAGCACCUUCUGCCAGGUCUGCUUCUUUCCAAGGCUGCAAGACUUUAUCUUGAACCAAGACUGGAAUGAUCCAAAAAGUAAACUCCAACAGUGCUGCCUUACUCUGCGGUCAAUGGAUGGGGGAGAGCCAGACAUUCCAGUUUACAAAGUGAUAGAAUGCAAGGGUCCCACCAACACUCGUGUAUAUACUGUGGCUGUCUACUUUCGAGGAAAGAGGCUGGCCACUGGCUCCGGCCACAGCAUUCAGCAGGCAGAGAUGGCUGCAGCAUCAAAGGCUCUUGAGGCAUCUAAAGAAUUAUUUCCCCAGCUGAGUCACCAACGUCGUGUCCUGGAACGGAGCCUUAAACAGUGCAGUCCGAGCAGGGGCAGCCAAACCCCAAGUAGAAGAAAGAACACCAGAUCCAGGAGCCGUGAGCGUGAUUCCUCAGAGGACCGGUCCCACAGGUCACGUAGGAGAAGCACCUCCAGGAGACGGGAGAGACACUCGGAAAAGAAAAGGGACUGAACGCGGCUCGUGUUGUGGCGGUUAAUUCGCAGAGGGGACUCUUAUUCCAAUCUGGGCACCCCUUGACCCCUUCAUGGCUUUUAUUGUGUACACUGUACUGGAGCGAGGGUCAAUCCCCAACUUACGAAUUUUAUGAAAAGAAAAAAAAAUGCAUUCAAAAUGCAUCCUUUCCUCAAUAACGAGCGAAAAGUGCAUUAAAAAAUCUGAGAAAAUUAUGGCACUCACUGCCCACUAUGGGGAGCCCCAUUACUUUUUCUGUUGUUCAAGGUAUAUACAUAUAAUGCUUAUAUAUGUAUAUAUAUAUAUAUACAUCUUUCAUCUUUCAUCACAUAUAAUGCAACUUGCUUGUAGUAUUUGACUUUUAUGCCAAUGUAUGUGGCAUCAACUGUCGCAUCCGGGAACCAGUGUAUGAGACCAAUACAGUAAUGUCUGUCACUGCU